AUGUCUUCUUUUUCUUUUUGCAAGGGAUUUGCUGGGGAACGGGGUAGACAGAGAUUGAGUUAUUCAUCCUUGCUCACUUUUGGUCCCCUGGCCAGGCGUUCAGCCGCUGGAGACUCGGCACGCUCGACAAAGGGCCAGGCGUUCAGCCGCUGGAGACUCGGCACGCUCGACAAAGGGCCAGGCGUUCAGCCGCUGGAGACUCGGCACGCUCGACAAAGGGGCCAGGCGCUCAGACGCUGGAGACUCGCACGCCGACAAAGGGCCAGGCGCUCAGACGCUGGAGACUCGCACGCCGACAAAGGGGCCAGGCGUUCAGACGCUGGAGACUCGGCACGCUCGACAAAGGGCCAGGCGUUCAGACGCUGGAGACUCGGCACGCUCGACAAAGGGCCAGGCGUUCAGACGCUGGAGACUCGGCACGCUCGACAAAGGGCCAGGCGUUCAGACGCUGGAGACUCGCACGCCGACAAAGGGGCCAGGCGUUCAGACGCUGGAGACUCGCACGCCGACAAAGGGCCAGGCGUUCAGACGCUGGAGACUCGGCACGCCGACAAAGGGGCCAGGCGUUUCAGACGCUGGAGACUCGGGCACGCCGACAAAGGGCCAGGCGUUCAGACGCUGGAGACUCGCACGCCGACAAAGGGGCCAGGCGUUCAGACGCUGGAGACUCGGCACGCCGACAAAGGGGCCAGGCGUUCAGCCGCUGGAGACUCGCACGCCGACAAAAGGGCCAGGCGCUCAGACGCUGGAGACUCGCACGCCGACAAAGGGGCCACGCGUUCAGACGCUGGAGACCUGCACGCCGGCAAAAGGGCCAGGCGCUCAGACGCUGGAGACUCGCACGCCGACAAAGGGCCAGGCGUUCAGACGCUGGAGACUCGCCACGCCGACAAAGGGCCAGGCGCUCAGCCGCUGGAGACUCGCACGCCGGCAAAGGGCCAGGCGCUCAGACGCGGAGACUCGCACGCCGACAAAGGGCCAGGCGCUCAGCCGCUGGAGACUCGCCACGCCGACAAAGGGCCAGGCGCUCAGACGCCGGAGACUCGCCACGCCGGGACAAAGGGCCAGGCGCUCAGCCGGCCGGAGACCGCCACGCCGGUCAAAGGGCCACGCGCUCAGCCGCGGAGACUCGCCACGCCGAAAAGACCACGCGCUUCAGACGCCGGAGACUCGCCACGCCGACAAAAGGCCACGCGCUCAGACGCCGGAGACUCGCACGCCGACAAAGGGCCACGCGUUCAGACGCCGGAGACCGCACGCCGACAAAGGGCCACGCGUUCAGCCGCCGGAGACUCGGCACGCUCGACAAAGGGCCACGCGUUCAGACGCCGGAGACUCGGCACGCUCGACAAAGGGCCACGCGUUCAGACGCCGGAGACUCGGCACGCUCGACAAAGGGCCACGCGUUCAGCCGCCGGAAACCUCGCACGCCGACAAAGGGCCACGCGUCAGACAGCCGGAGACUCGCCACGCCGACAAAGCGACCACGCUGGAGCUCGUCAGACGCCGGAGACUCGGCACGCUCGACAAAGGGCCAGGCGUUCAGCCGUCGGAAACUUGGCACGCUCAACAAUGAGCUUGAUGUUCAGCCGUCGGAAACGUGGCACACUUGACAAAGGGCCAGACAUUCUGCUGUCGAAAACAUUAUAUACUUGA